CCUGUAUUGAAAAUAACAUGAAUAAGAAGUACUGCAAACCUUUGAACAAAAUAUUGUAGAAAUAAACGGCUCUAUAUUCUACAUUCACCUUAUAAGCGAACAAUACAAGCAGAUUUUAUACAGUAAGUGAACACACCAAAUAUGGAGUAAAUACAGAUGUUGAGACCAAACCUAACCUAUAUCCAAUGACAAUAAACUACCACAAAAUGGAGAUAUAAAAAUGUAGAUAACACAGAUGUAUUUUUAUCAAUAUUACUUCAUAUUAGAAACAGAUAUGAAGACUUUGGACUCAAAAACACGACAUCACAAAUGCCUUUGAUUCUAUAGCUGUAAACAGGUAAAAUGAAGACACUACGACGACUACAAAAUACACUGCCAAAUAUGGACACCUUACUAUAUAUGACACUUGGGCUGUUUAUAAUGGCCCCCAUUGUGACAUCAUGCCCCUGCACAUGUUCCUACGAAUCAGGAAAGGGCACAACAGUGAACUGUGAGCGCAUGAGUUUGACAGAAGUUCCCGAUUUCAGUACAAUACAAGGAGAGCAACUUUACGAAAUUACUCUUGCUUAUAACAAUAUUGUCAACAUACGAGACGGUGCUUUUAAUAAUGUCCAUGUUAAAAGAAUUAACUUUGGCAAUAACCCAGUGAAGAAUAUAUCAAAUGGUGCAUUUAUAGGAGUGACUGAUUCACUAGAAGCUUUGGUGCUACAUUCACAUAACAUUCCAGAGUUCCCUUCACAACAAUUGAGAAAUCUCCAAAAAUUAACACAUUUAGAAAUCAGAGGAUUUAAUAUCCAAACAUUGAAAGAUAGGACAUUUAAUGGAUUCUCUGGCCCAUUGCAAUAUCUCGCUAUCGACAGCUGUAAUACAGACACUAUUGCAACAGACGCAUUUAUGGGAUUACAAUCCACUUUAUCGGAGCUCCAUAUUAUUAAUAAUUUAAUCCAAGAUAUCCCAGGGCCUCCGAUGCGACAAAUGGCUAACUUACAUACCCUCGAUUUGGGCCAUAAUAGAAUAACUGAACUUUACCGUGGAGACCUAACCAACCUUCAGGCUCUUAAAAGCCUUAACCUCGCCCAUAAUUCUAUAAACAGAAUUGAAAGUGAAUCAUUUGAGGGUGUAGAAGAUACCCUAGCAAACUUAGAUAUAAACAACAAUCAGUUAGAUUCCCCAGGGGAAUUGGUAGCAAUAAGACCUUUAACAAACCUAGAAACAAUCAAUAUUGGAUACAACCAACUACAUGUGAUUCCUGAUAAUAAUAUCUUUGAAACUUUAUCAAAACUUAAGAGCCUUAUUCUGGACGGGAACCUCAUUAGUACGCUAUCAAAAGUCUCUUUUGUUGGAAUUGAAAAUGAACUUUUGAGUAUGUCUCUUCAGCACAAUAGAAUUAACCAUAUUGCAACAGACACAUUCAUUGACUUUAAGAAACUUAAGGAGUUGUUACUUGGGGCUCAAUCACUAAAAGAUGUCAUAAACGAAAACACAUUUAAUGGAUUAGAAAAUUCACUCGAAAGGUUAUCAAUGGAUGAAGCACUUUUGGACACAACUCAUUUAAGAUCGAUACAACAAUUGAGUCAACUAAAAUCAUUGAAACUUGGUAAAAACAACAUUGCAUAUCUUCCGGACAGGACGUUCGAGAAUUUAAACCAACUGGAACGCUUAGAACUCUGUGAUAAUCAAAUCUCUGAACUUAAUCAAGAAACAUUUUUUGGCUUAUCACAAUCAUUAAUCCACGUACUUUUAUGUAAUAACCAAAUUGCGACUGUUACUAAAUGCGUCUUUCACCAAUUUGAGAAACUGGCAGAGAUAAAUAUGAAUGGCAACCCGUUACUUUGUGACUGUCGUCUGAAAUGGUUACAUGCUUUUAUAAAAGAAAACUAUGGCCCACUAGUCGGUGUUCUUCCUUGGACAUGCGCUGCUCCAGAAAAUCUACGAGGGCAGUAUUUUGCUCAAUUAGACCCCACCCAGCUUCAAUGUGGAUCUGAUGUUAUACUCCCCAUCUGUAAAAAUUACACAGUUAUCCCAACGAGUACACCUUCCCUUCCAACGAAAUACCCAGGAGAAAUACGAGUUAGGAUUUCCUUUGAUGAAAUCACUGAAAGAUCUUUUGUGGUACGUUGGUCCCCAUCAAUAACGACAGGUAUCACGGGUUGGAGAGUACGGAUAUCUGUAAUGAAUAAUGAUGCAUUCAUUGAUAGUGACCCCCUUCAUCUUGAUACAAGGGAGUACAAAGUUGAGAGCUUGUCUGCAGGGACUCAGUACCUAACAUGCAUCAUCAUUCUAAAGGAGGGCGACUAUAUUGAUGCUAAUGAAUCUAACUGUGCCAAUGUUACAACAGCACCUGCAUCAGGAGCGAGUAAAAUUGACGGUAAUAGGGCAACAAUUAUUGCAGCCUCGGUAUCAGGUGGCGUUAUAUUCCUUGUCCUUAUUGGUGUUCUCAUUGGGUGUUUCAUAUAUAAGCGUAAGCAACCAAAACUCACAAAUAUGAAUGAUUAUGAAUACCCAACAUUCCCAGAGAGGGAUCAGAUGCCACAACAAGGAUACAACUCCAAACGAUUCACGAAAAAGAAAGGUAAACUUAAAGAUCAGCAGGAUAAUUUACAGGAAGGAGCAUGUAGUAUAGAUGGCCUCGAUAACCCUGGAAUGCGUCCAGAUAGUGCGGGUAGCAUGGGAAACAUUAGUAUGAUCAGUGGGCGAUAUUACAAAAAACCUCUACCUAUGGUGCCGCCAUCUUUACCACCAAAAGAGAAACAUAAACUGCCAAAACAGGAUGUAGCAGGAUAUCUUAAUGCUGCUAUGCUUGAGGAUGAGGCAUCACAAAAAACACCACCUUUAGCUCAAGAGGAAAAUGUGUAUUUUGAAAUAGAUGAUGUUGCAGCCGGGACGAUAGUAAAUGGCAAAGCUGUACAAGACUCUAAUAAAGAUAAUGAAGUGAAUGAGGUUCUUUCUAAAACAGUUCCAAUUGAUAAUGUAGUUGGUACAAUGGUAUAAUAUUGGGCAAGGAACCUCUUAAAAAGGUACUGGUCAAGUUUUGAAAUUCAGAAUGUCACAAAUUAAAUAGUAGAGCCACAUAUAAGUGAAUAGAGUUGAUGAUUCUAAAUUAUAUGGAAAUGCAAUAAAACAGAGUUUGUUUAGACAAUUCAUUUCAUAAAAAUGAAAGAUGGAAUUAUGCGGUAAUAACUUCAGUCGUUAAUCUGAAUUUUUGACCUACCAGAUGUUUAAAAAUCAAGGAUUGAGAGUCUCAUACUGCAC